CUCUGGCAAAGGGUCAAGAGAGACAUGGAGCAAGCUCUGGUGAUGAGCUCUGAUUUAAAAGGGCAGGACCUAGACUUCUGGGAAGCAUUCUCAUUGGAGUAGGAGAAAACUUACGAGGGAUGAAAAGUCAAGCCCUAAGAGGACAGAAGUUAGUGUCAGGUUAUAUUUUUCAGUUUGGAUUUGUUGGAGGAUGCUAGGGAGGAGCCUGGCUAGGCCCUGCCACAAAAGAAGGGAGAGUCUUGAGAGGCUAUGGUACCUAAGAAGAAAAAAAGUACAUAGUGGGCCUAGGAAGGCACUGUAGGAACCCUGCUACCAGCCUGACAUAGCAAAAAGUCCAGGGAGGUAGCUGGGGGUAAGUCUGAAUUGACAGCCCUUGUCUGCUCACUACAGGGUCCCUGGGCUAGAACUCAGAGGAGGAGGGCUGCCUGGCUUCCUCCAACAGCCAUAAGGGAAUGUGCUUGAAGCCCCCUGAUAUAAGGGGAUAGGGACUCUUGAAAGCAGCAAGAGGGGGCUGUAAGGACCACGGAUCCCAGAGUCAAAGGAUGAAGACCUGAUUUAAAGAUCUCUGAUUCUUGUUUGGACUCUGUUACCCCAGAUUGGGGUGGGGGAGGACAUGCUAUGAUGACCUGACUGCAGAGCCUUUUCAGGAGAAGAGGCAGACCACUGCAGGGCCGGAGCUGGUGGUAGUGCUAGAUGAGGAAAGCCUGCUAUGCCACACACCCACAAGGAGAUAGAGAGUGAAACAUUGAAAAUGUCUCAGGAUCCUGAUAUUCCACAUACAAGUGAGGAAAAAUCAAGUGAUUCAGAAGAUAUCCAAGAGGACAGCUUGAACAACCCAGAUCAAUCUAUGAGAGAAAGGAUACGACAAAGUACCUCAAGUCCACACAGAUGCAACAGAGCUCAAUCUAGUCCCCCUCGGCUUGUGUCGAUGGAAGAGCUGAUGGAAACAGCAAAAGGAGUUUCCAAUAUGGCGUUAGCACAUGAAAUUGUAGUCAAUGGAGGCUUCCAGAUUAAACCAGCUGAAUUACCAGAAGGCAGCCUGGAGAAAACUGUAAAAGAGAUUGUACAUAAAGCUUUUUGGGACUGUCUGGAAGCCCAGUUAAGUGAAGAUCCACCAACAUAUGAUCAUUCAAUUAAACUUGUUGGGGAGAUUAAAGAGGCUCUUCUAUCUUUCUUAUUGCCUGGUCAUACUAGAUUAAGAAAUCAGAUUACUGAAGUUCUGGAUCUGGAUCUGAUAAAGCAGGAGGCAGUGAAUGGGGCCCUGGAUAUUUCUAAGCUGGCAGAAUUCAUCAUUGGAAUGAUGGGGACCCUUUGUGCUCCAGUUAGAGAUGAGGAAAUUAAGAAACUGAAAGACAUUCAUGAAAUAGUCCCACUAUUCAGAGCAAUUUUCUCUGUAUUAGACUUAAUGAAAAUGGACAUGGCUAACUUUGCUGUCAGUAGCAUUAGGCCGCGUUUAAUGCAACAAUCUGUUGAAUAUGAAAGAGAGAAGUUUCAGAAGAUUUUUGAGAAACAGCCAAAUUCUCUAGACUUUGUCACCGACUGGCUGCAAGAAGCAUCAGAUGAUCUUGCCAAGUUGAGGUGUAAAAAUUCACCUUCCCCUGGUGUUGGUGCUGCUGCUAGUGGAGUUCCUGUAUUGUGUCCUGCUGCUGUACAGAAUUGGGCAUAUCUAAAGCUGCUUAAGUGGGAUCAUGUGCACAGGCCUUUCCCAGAAACAUUGUUAAUGGACCACACCCGCUUUCAGGAAAUGCAGCUGGAGCUGGAACAGCUCACCUUGACUGGUGCUAUCCUCGUGGUCAUGUUCAAUGUAGCGGGUGCAGCACUUUCCAAUCUGCCAGAGUUUGCUGACAAAAUCAAAACCAUUAUAAAGGUGUUGUUGACGGGAAUGCAUCUUCCCUCCUUUAACCUGAGUGAAUCUUUGGCUACUGUUGGUGAGAAGGUCUGUGCUGAAGUUAAUAGCUGUCUUUCCCAACAUGGAUUCACGCCAUUCACAACUGAGAAAGAGAUUGCGCUUAAAGGACAGAUCCAGACAUUGGGAAACUCUGACAACACCAUAUGCAAAUUGAUAGAUUCUCGAAUCCAGGCAUUUUUGGAGAGCUAUCUGACUUCUGGUCAUCAGAAAUCAUUUCCUGCUAUUCCUGGGGGAUUAGGCCCUAUUCAAAGAGAGAUGGAAGAAAUUGCUGUGAAGUAUGUUCGCCUUGUCAACUAUAACAAGAUGGUGUUCAGCCCAUACUAUGAUGUGAUCCUCAGCAAACUACUGAAUAAGGAAGAAUCCCAAUUGUUAGGGUAGUCAUAAGAAUCAUCAUACCAGUUUGUAUGCUAUCUAGAUAGUGUUAAUUUUGUCUGCUAAAAAAAAUUGCAACUAACUUGGCUUUGGAAAAUGGCAUUCCAUUAAAACAUAGUUUUAUUACUGUAACUCAAUAGCACUGAUUCUGAAGGAGAAAAUUAUGUAUAAGUUGGGAUAGGCACUUUAAAUUAAAUGGUAAAUAGAUGCAUUUUUAGCAUAAGUAUUCAUGCUGAAGGUAUGUUCCUUAAUUUUAUGGCUGUAGUUUUUGCUGCUGAGCAGAUGUUAGAUAAGACUACGCAAUUGUACAACCAGACUGCAUUUUUAAAUUGCUGAUUUUGUGGCGGGGGGCUUUUUGUAGCAUUCUAACUCUCCAAUUUACCAUGAAGUUAGUGUAUGCGUUCAUCUAGAGAAGAUUAGCAAAGGUCUCUUCCAUACUGAGUGAUUUGGCCUUCUGAAAUCCUAUUUUAACAACUGAAGAAAUAAUUUAAAAUGUGAGAUGUAAGAAACUUGAAUCAUGGUGGUUAAGAGCAGGCCCAAACAUAGCACUUUAUUUUAAUAGAAUAAGGCUACUAGUCUUUCUGCUAAUCACAUUUUUUCUAUAGCAAUUUUUGCUCUCUAUCUGCAAAUAAGUUACCAAAAACAUGAUAUAAUUAUAUUUUGUAGUGAAUUUUCUGGUUCUCAAAUAACUGUCUUCUUUUAUGUACAGUGUUACAAGGGUGACAGUCUAUAAGAUUGCAGCUGUAUUUAUCUCUUUGUAAAACUUUCCGGUGGGCCAAGAGAGAAAUGUUUUGAUAAGAGUGGCAUUUCUUGCCUUUUGCUGGUAGUUGACUCCUUUUUAUAUGAAAUACUAAUUUAAAAAAGUUAACAUUUUCAGAAGAUGGAUGCAUUGAAUUUCAGGCAUGAGGAAAUUUCCUCUCUUUUUCUAAAAACGUGAGACUUAUGAGACAAUUGUAUAUGCUCAUAGUUUCAGAAACAUCACUGAAAUUGAAACAUACCAAGAAUGUAUUAAUAUUUUAAACAGUAACUUUAAAAGGUAUAUCAGGAAAUGAACUAUUUAAAGUUCAUUUGAAGUCAUGGGAGAAUAUUAUUUAGUGUUAGAUGCUUUUUCAUGUUUUACAGAUUUUCUUGAACUCAAAGUAUUUUAGAUUCUUGAAGAUAACUAGCAAGAUUUUCUCUAAAUGCACUCUGAAGGAUUUCUGAUCUUAGUAAUUCAUAAAAUAUGGAAAUUUAAACUUUUCUUGGAAGUAAAUUUAAGGUUUAGGACAGUGAAAAGGCAAAUUGAAACUUUUUUCAGCUGCUAAAGCCCAUCAGGUUGAGAAGAACUUCGGCAACUAUUUCUAAGCAUCUCAGAUAAUAUAAGGUGAAGUGAGCUCUUGUUAAUAAAUGAUAGGCUGGUACCUUGUCCUAAGAGUUUUGGGGCGGGGGGACGCUAUGACAAAAAUAGAAUAUUUACUGUAUUCUAAAAUGAAGACUUUACAAGAGUGCCUUUUUUUGACACUAUUGAUUAAUAAAAUAAUAGACUGGUUGACUAGUCACUCACAUUCAGCAGAACAGUGGUAAGAAGGGAGGUACCCUAGAGUACUUAUUCUAAUACUUACACUUCCCUUCACAUUUUGAAAUUUCAUUAGUUCCUAGGGCUUGAACUGAGCGCGGAUGUACGGCUCUAACAGUUUUUUCUGCUCUUUGGGGAAGAUGGAUUAAAAUAACAAUAGCUUUACUUGUUUGAUGUAUCACCACAUUAGCAUAUUAAAUCAAUCUCAAACUUUGGUUGCACAAUGCAAAACAAAACUUACCUCCAUUUUUAUGAUUACAAAACUACCGACAAUUUUAGGAAACCAUUUUCUUUGUUGGAUGGUUCUUUUGGCUGAACUCCUGAAAAAAUAUAUAUGAACAUUCUUUAGUAAAUUGAAAAUAAGUAGCUUAAGCUCAGAAGUUUGUCUAGCACUAUUUUUUUGUAUUGUCCAUGUUCUAUUCUACUCUUGGACUCACUGGUGCACCUCAAUCCCUUUGUUCUCUGCCUGUGGCACAUAAUAGUCUAGUCUUCUAUGGGUUGUAAUACUUUGGCCUAAUUUCAGUUGUUGGGUUUAGCGUGUAGGUGCUGGGUGGUACUGGUGGCCUGUGAUGCCAGUCAUCUAGUCUGAACUCGUGUCUUUAAACACUAUACUUUCCAUAGAUAGAAGUUACUGAGGGCUAUUAGAGAGAUGCAUUUCUUGCUCUUGUCCUCAAGCAUUGGUACUACAUUUCUCCAUACCUUUGUGUAGCGUCAGUGUGAUCUUAACUCUCUUGUGUAUUCGCGGAGGAUGCUUCAAACCUAUUACAAUAGAUAGUGCUCUUAAAUUGCAAUAGCCGAAACGCUGCUGCAGCUCCAAAGCUAUGUUUUGGUAUUCACCUCAACAAUUCCUGAGAGAGAGAAACUACUCUGCUUGUGAUAUUCUUGUUUAUGAGAGAUAAGUGUACAGGUUCUAAAUUGCUUCUGUUUGUUUAUAUUUCAGCAGUGCCCUAAUCCUCCAUUAAAUGCAGUGAUUUACAAUCUUAAAAAAAAAAAAAACAGUCCUGGGGAAAAGGACACAAUGCGCAAAGUAAUCAGUACAUCUUUCUAGUACCACUAUAUCCAUUUUUGUUUGUUAUGAUACAGGUGCAGCAGUAUGGGAUAGGGAGGAGGGACAUAGACACAGCUGAACUGUUUGGGGUUUUUUAUGGAUUUUUUUUUCAUUUUCACACUCUGUACAACCUGGUUCUCCUCAGGCCAUCGGCACAGUUCCUAGUGUAAUUUCUAGCCCAGUUUUGUAGAUUCAAGUUGUUCAGUGAAAGCUCCUAAACUACUGUACCCUGAAACCUUUUGAGUGAUUAUUUCAAGGUAGGAACAAGACAGAGACUGAUGCCAAAAUGAGAAGUAGGAGUCAUGAGCUGAUAUGAUGUGAAAUUGAGGAUUAAGGCUAA